CGAUCCAGUUUCAUCGAAAUUCUCAGUUUGUCGUUAUACGUAUAUCGCAACCUGCGGACGUAGCAAUCCAACCAAUCAAUCCUCCAGUUAGUGCUGCAGCAUGAAGACGGGGCUGAUGUUGCAAGUAACGACCAACAACGCGGCGUCAGAUAGCUUAAUGGCGGGUGUAAAAGCGACCGUAUCGAUCUCAUAAAUUUAGGAUCUCUUCUUCGAUUGCGGAGGAAAAGUGCACUUAUUAUUAUUAACGAAUAUUGUUAACUGAUCGACUAGUGCUCUGUGAUCUACUAAUAAAUAAUUUAUUAACUCGACGCGAGUAAAGCCAGUCGGCACGUACAUAUACUGCACGUUGCUCGAGAUCGCCGGCAGAUAUGCGUGAACGAUCGAGUAUAAAAUUUAGAAAAAUAAUGAAAAAGGAGAUACAGAUUAAUUGUUAUGGUGAUUUGCAGUUGGCGCUGCCCGUGAUGCUACUCGCCGGAACCUCGGAAGAAUUUUUUUUGGAAUCCCCUAAGAAGGCAUUGACGGAAUUCUUUCAAUCUCUGAAGAAAAAAGCCACGCUGCCCAAGAUGAGCCACGUACAGCAUUAUCAUGUACAUUAUUUACCGAUGCAAAUGCCUUUCCCUCUAUUGGCUUGGACGAAAGCGCCGGAUAGAUACUAUCUCGACAAACUUUACGACGACACUCUCGAGUCGUUCGGCUGGUCGGACUACCACUACAGGUACACGCCCGAGCCCUCGCUAAUCGUGUCGUCGGAUCUCCAACACCUGUCCGGGUCGAACGAGCUGUGGGACGACCUUUUGGGCGAGGAGCUUCUAGGCACCGACGACGCACUCGACACGAUCGAUCGUAACUCCCCGGGAGUACUGAUGCGGGUACCCGUCCAUCGGCCGCUCGUGUUUCAUCUGCCGUUGAAGAAGUCGCGACAGAGACGGAUGGAGACGGCGGCGACUUAAGCCCUCACCGCGGAACACCUCAUUUCUCUCACUCGCAAAACUAACGAUUCAUGAUUGAAUCGGUCAUCGACCUUUUCACAGCAAACCUUCACUCGUGUAGCUUUAAAUUAGCCCUAGGCAAUUAGCCAAUUAGAUCCUGGUAAAAAUUUGUCUUAGAAUUUUCGUACGAAUUGAAACACUUUUCAGAAGUAUUGAGAAAGUCUACGUCUUUCCUUAAAAUUUUUCGCAUAUGUAAAUUCUGAAAUAUUUUAAGAUAUUCCAAUUUCUAAAAAAAUAUUUUAAACCUUUUCAGAUUAUUUAUAUAAGAUUUCAUCAGAAAUUCUAGAAUAAGAAAUCUUACUGUUAGAAACCUUAGAAAGCUAUCUUUUUCUAAUUUUCAAAACUAGGAAAGAAUAAAGAGUAAAUUAAACUGAGAUCAAAGUUAUUUUACAUUGGUGGAAAUAGACCUUUGAAUAUUUCCAAAUUCAUAUAUAUGAAAAAUUUUAGAAUAAAUGUAGACUUUCUUAACAUUUCUAAAAAGUAUUUAUAUAAAAAGAUCUGAGAAAUUGUCUAAAAUGUUAUAAAAUUGGACAAAAAUUCUGAAAAAUUCUGAAACUUACAUAGUUUUUAAAAAAUUAUAUGACAAAUUCUGAGAAAAAUUUUUAGCAAGAAAAACUUAGCUUCUAAACACUUAGUCCAGUAUAAAUUUUCAUGAUGGCUUGUUAUUUAUUACGCAGACAUGUACUCGAAAUGUUCCUUCAUUCUGUAUUUUUACUGGAUUACGUUUUGUCACCAAAGUGGCCGAAAUAAAUGAGAAUGAUUAUUA